AUACACAUAUUUUUUUUAUUAUUAUUAUUAUUCUAAUGACAAGUAAUAUUUAUCGUUUCAGAGUUAAUAUUCAGGAUUUACAGUUGCCGGAUCUUCUGCUACAUAUCUUUGUGCAACAUGAUCAACCUCCUAGAUAUUUGGAUUUACUAAACAAGAUUAAGCAGCUCUCCAAAACAGAGAUACAUGAUAUACAUGACUACUACAUGAUUAUCAAAAAAGAUCAAGUCUUCAAGUACAUCUUCAAAGACGACUUGGGCUUACAGAAAGCCUUUCGAUCCAUAUCAGAUCAGGACCAACUGGAGAUCAAAUUAAUGAAGAAAGAUUCUGCUAAUAAAGUACCGCUUGUAAAGCCGAUUUUCACAACAAGGCCUACUGUGAGUUACUCAGAGGAGGAAGAAGAGUUACAUAAACGGAGAAAGGAUUCUGGUAUUUCACUUGAUGAAGAAAUCGAACAAUUUAAAAAGACAUCGCGAAAACUACCUGCAUUAUCCAACAUCAUUACUACCCAAUUAUGGCCUCCUCCCCCUACAAAUACCACCAGCUUGCCUUCACCGCCCAGUCAUUACAAUAAGUCACCAAUCAAAUUACCAGGAUUAUCCUCUAUAAUUAUUGAUCAUAGUCAUAACAGCCAGAAACAACUUGCUCCUAUUCAUCCUUACCGCCCUCUUGCUCGAUUUGAUCACAAGCCCCUAUCACCGCCAUUAUCUGCCCCUUCUUCGCCCAUAAACAAGGUGAAUCAUCAUAAAAGAGCUCGAGGAGGUGCUUCCCAUCCAUCUCAAUUUAUAUGUGAACACGUCAUUGAUACUAUCACAGGUAAAACUUGUUGUCAAGCCUUUCGCAGAUCUUAUGACCUUUCAAGACAUCAGACAAUUCAUUUAAAAAAUCGUCCACUCUGUUAUUGUCAAGACUGUGGUAAAAAAUUUACUCGAUUAGACGCAUUGAGAAGACACGAACGCAUUCAAGGACAUCACAAUAAUAAAUGAUUUUUUUUUUAGCUGGUUUUCUAAAAAAAAAAAAGUGUUUUAUUUUUAUUUUUAUUUUACGUGUAUGGAGAGUGACUGAGAGUGAUUUGUGUGUAAGUGUGUGUUUGUGAGUUGUGUGCGUGUGUGUAUAUGUUGUCU